AUGUCGGGAAGAAGCGGUCGUCGUGGAUUCGAUCCAGUUGGCAACGUCAUUUUCUUUGGUUUAACUCAAACAAAAAUUUCACGGCUUCUCGUGUCUGAUUUACCAAACCUAAGUGGGCAUUUUCCACUUACGACAACAAUGGUGUUGCGCAGCUUUCUCCUACUAACGCAAUCCAAAAAUACUGACUAUGCCGAAAAGGCCAUUAAGGGAUUUUUGGGAACUUCAUUUUUCUGUUUAGGAAAGGAGUAUCUUUCCACUCAAAUCAAACACCAUCUAUACUUCUCAAUUCAGUAUCUAAUACGGGAAAAUUUACUCACUUACGAUGGUCAAUUAUUAAAUCUCGCAGGAGCAGUAUAUCACCUCUAUUACACGGAACCCAGCAAUUUCGCGUUUGCAGUUUUAUAUAAGCAUGGCGUUUUCCACGAAAUCUGCUCAAAUGUGUACGAAAAUUCACAAUAUGUCAAAGAUACACUCAUGCUCGUACUUUCCAAUCUUUUUAACGUGAUUCGAUUGCGCUCGGAUGGCUCUCUCUCGGAGGCCCAAAAAAAAUAUCCAUCCAAGGUUGUGCUUGACCCGAUUCCCAAAUCAAUCCAGCGAACUUUGAAUGAACAUAAUGAUCGCGUUCUUCGUAUUUAUUCUGCAUAUAUAAUCUCUUAUGCGAAGACUCUCUAUGAUCCAGACAACAAGCUUCCAUUGUCAGGAAGUCAAUUUCCGCCUAAGUCUAGCAAUCUCGAUCAUUUGACGGACCAGCUUAUGCAAACAUGUGUCUCUUUUACGGCCCGUUCGCCAUUCAUGGCUGUCGUCAGUGGUCAGGGUGAUCGUUUUAGAAAUGUCUAUGACUUGACAUCACAUCUGCGCAGCAACAUAUUUCUUGAUGCUAACAGUAUCCCAUUUGUGGAAACCGAUCGUUACCUGAAGAAUGCAUAUCUCUUGGAUUUCUUCUCGCAUGGACAGGAAAAUGCGCUUAUUAAAGCAAAUUGGAUCAGACCCGGAGAGCUUUGGCAGGUGUUAAAAGAUUUUUCUCUAACCCUGAAUGCUAUCUGUACAUCAUUGGAGACCAUGGAUGGUAGUGAUGAAAAUGUAUUGUAUGGGUUCACAAUAGUACGAGAUGAGUUUAACGAGAAGUUCAAAAAAAUUUGGGCCUAA